AUGGUCUCCUCUAUUGAUGUUAUUGUUGGAAAUUUAGAAAAUUUGUCAUUGAAUGACUCUUCAAAGGUUUCAUUAUAUAUCGACUAUCUUGGGGAGCUUGCCGUGGAGUUGAGGGACUCGGCUAAUAGAUCAAAUUCCCUAGUUGUUUCCAACAUCAGUAGCCUACUCAACUCUUUGAAUGCCCAUUCUAGCGAAACUUCAGAUGAAACUGUUCUACUAAAUCUUGAAAUUCUUAGAGUCCUUGUAAACUUCAUUGCCGAAAAUGAUAGUAACAGAUUAUUAGUUGCCGAGAGCAAAGCAUUUGCAGAAGCCUUGGAAAAAUUAUUGGCGCAGGAUCUUUUCUCAACUGAGUAUCGAUACGGUCAAAGAAUUAUGAUAUUAUUGGAAAAUCUUACUUUCGGGAAUGAUGCCAUAGAAGAAGAUGAGGAUAGCAAAACAAUUGCCCAAAUAUUCAAUAUGUUGUUCGAAAAUGGCUUGUUGACGGUUUUGUUUAAGUACUUUUUGAGAUAUAUUAAGGAUGCCAAUAUUAAUUUGGCUUCUUGCGAACCAGAUGAGGUAUACGAGUUCAUCAUUGAUUCUAAUGGAUUAUUCGAAAUCUUGAAUAGCUUUUAUGCUUGUUCAGCUUCAAGAUUUUCUGAUUUGAAUAUCACGAUCGAACUCGACGAUAUUAACGGGUUGAUAUGGGUACUUUCGCAAUUGGUUUUGGCGAAAGAUUUAGAUGAUGAAGAAGAAGUAGACGACCUUUUGACAGCUCUUCUUAAUUUAUCCCAGUUUCUAUUUCUUGAAUCUGACUACGAUAAGCUUGAUGUCAGUACCGCACCACAAGAGGAAUUGUUUGCCCUAUUGUGUGGCCUUGAAACAUUUGAGCAUGAACUAGAGAAUAAACCUGAGGAUUUCAAGAACACCAUGAAGCAAAUUAAUAGACGAGUCUUUGCUGUGAUCGGUAACUUAUCUUCAAAUUUGAACAAUGACAAUCGCAAUAAUGUCGAUUUGGCUUUGAAAGAGAUGAACACUAAUUCUACAAAUGGAUAUUUGAUUUCUUCCUCUUUUCUUAUUUUGGCAAACUCAAUAACUAAUUCAACUGAUAGAGACGCUCUAUUAUUGAAAGAGCCACAUUUAGUUAGGAAGAUAUUCGAAAAUAUUCGACCAAAAAAUGCCCCAGAAAACUAUUACAGGUUAAUGAAUUCUCCUCAGACAGAUUUCAAUGAAGAAGAAAAAGAAGCCGUCACUAACCUUAAAAAAGAGAUAACUUUUUUCACUGAACCUUUAUUAGACCAAAGUUUCUUCCACUUAUUAAAGUUGCUAGUUACUUCAUCUGCAUUCACUUUAGAAAACGAAGAAAUCAAAACCAGUUUCGUCAAUGAAUUUAAAGACAACUUUCGCUCUUUGGUUGAGAUCAUUCUUAUCAACUUUAAUAGCGUAUUCUUUGCAAGAGUUAAUUUAUCAUUGAUUCUCAAAUUUUUAAACACGUUCAUCAGAAAUUUCCCAAAUUAUGAUGAUACCAUAAGUUAUGAAUGGCUCCUUGAGAAUUCCACCAAUAUCAUAUUAUCAUUAUGUGGCUCGCUUAAAAAUGAAAAUGUGCCAAAUAGAAUUAAGGAAUUGAAUGAGGGAGCCAGAAUAGAGAUUAUCGAGACCUUGCAAACUUUGAUAAAUAAUAUAACAACAAAGAAUGUUAAAGUGGACAAUAAAACAUUUGAAGCACUUUUGGACUCAUUAUUUUUGGAAAAAAAUGAUUCUAAGAAUCAAGAUGUUUCAAUGAGCUUCCAAAAUCUGGCCACAUCUAGUGGACCAACGAUACUGACUGCGAGUUAUUUGAGUCAGAGAUUUAUCACACUCACCAUUUUGGUAUCUAUUGGUAAGCCUGAAAUCAAAAAUUUUUUACUAAAAGAUCAUACUCUCUCUGAAAUAGUCAAUCUUUUGAAGGUUUCAUUUCAAAGUGUUGAAGGAGAAACGUCGCAAGAUUUUUUCAAAAAGGGAUUGAAGAAUAACUUACGAGUUUUCACAAUCAAGAUGAACUUGUUUUUAAAGGAGCAAGGAGUCUCUGAUGAUAUCCAGGAACAGUUUGACCAAUUUUUGAAAAAAUCUAAUGAAUUUACUGAUUAG